AUGGACAUUCACACUUUACAUGCAGAGGCAGUAUUACUUACUCCAGCCCCUGGGCCUUCACGUAUAUCUAGUGCUAGCCCUUCCAUGACUCUGAGCUCUUCUACAACUCCCUUGGCCCCUAGGUCAGUUGUUAGUGUUGCUCAUUCCCAACCUUUACUCACUCAGGCAGCGAUACUACGAAUAGGGCAUCUAGCCCAUUCUGCUGAUAGGCAUGCCUCCAGGCUAGAGACUAUAGCCUCUGGGAUGAUUGAGAGAGCCCUCACUGCUGUUAUGGCACUUCUUAAUUUGUCUAUUAAUGCCUUCGCGGUAAGGAGAGAGGUUUGUGAAAGGGUUCAGGGAGCCACUCAUGAGGUGACGACCCUUAAGGCCGCUAUUGUUGAGUUGAGAAAGGACGUGGACCAGCUGAAGUCCACGAAUAUGUUCAUAAUUUUUGGGACUGUGGAGAUUCUUGACAUGCCAGUUGAUACGGAUGUGCCUCCGACUACCACCGGAGUUGUGCCGAUACAUGAUAUGGCUGCUUCUGAGUCUAAGGUAGAGACGGAUGAGGAACAGCUCGGUCUACAAGAGGAGACAACAUAUGAGGGCCUUAUAGGGGUUGAGGAGGCUAUGAUGGAUUCAGCCCUGCAGAUUUCAUUGGUAGAUACGUCUAUGGCAGGUUCUGGUGGAGCCAGUGUUUCUGUUAGACCGGGCAUUUAG